AUGAAGCGAUCGUUCGUUGAUACUGCGACGACGACGAAGACGGCACUCGAUUCCUCCAUUGUUAACAAGCCCGUCUUCCUCACCAAAGUUCACAGAGAAGAAUUAGCCCUAAAACACCGCCAGGACGAAAUCGCGAAUCAGCGUCGCCGGCUCGCUCAGACCACUCGCUCCGAUCUCGAGACUGAUGAUAAUCGCGACGGAAACCGAAAUCGAGGCCGCGACAGUGACAAAUCUCGAGAUCGUGACCGUGAAUCUCGUGAGCAGGAGCGGCGGAAUCGCGAUCGAGAGCGGGAGGAGAAAUCAGCGAAGCUAGAGCGCGAGAAGGAGCUUAACGCCAUGAAAGAGCAAUACCUAGGAGGAUCCACGAAGCCUAAGAAGAGAGUCAUAAGACCGAGCGAGAAGUUCCGUUUCUCUUUCGAUUGGGAGAUCACUGAAGACACUUCUCAGGGAGGAAAUACGAAUUACGAAGCUCAGCUUCUCUUCGGGAGAGGCUUUCGCGCCGGAAUCGAUCGCCGCGAGCAGAAAAAACUCUCGGCCAAGCACGAGAGCGCGACGCGUGGCAACGAGAAUCGCCGGAAAAACACGAGCGUCGAUGAUAAGCAUUGGAGCGAGAAUGUGAAGCUUGAGAAGAUGACUGAAAGAGAUUGGCGAAUUUUCAAGGAAGAUUUCAACAUAUCAUACAAAGGAUCCAAAAUUCCUCCUCCGAUGAGGAAUUGGGAAGAGAGCAAGCUCAGUCCCGAGCUGCUAAAAGCCGUUGAAAGAGCUGAUUACAAGAAACCAAGACCGAUUCAAAUGGCGGCGAUACCAUUAGGUCUCCAACAGCGAGACGUGAUCGGAAUCGCAGAGACCGGCACCGGCAAAACCGCCGCUUUCGUUCUCCCAAUGUUAGCUUACAUAUCGAAACUCCCAAAGAUGAGCGAAGAGACUCAAACGGAAGGUGGUGGGAGUGAGACAGUCGAGGAGCAAGGCUUUACGCUUUCGAAAGGGUGCGAGAUUGUGAUCGCAACGCCAGGGAGGUUGCUGGAUUUGCUGGAGAGAAGGUACGUUGUGUUGAACCAGUGCAACUACGUGGUUCUUGAUGAAGCUGAUCGGAUGAUUGACUUGGGUUUUGAGCCGCAGGUUGCAGCGGUGCUUGAAGCUAUCCCGUCGAGUAAUUUAAAACCGGAGAAGGAAGACGAGGAGCUUGACGAGAAGAAGGUUUACAGGACGACGUAUAUGUUCAGCGCCACGAUGCCUUACCGUGUUAAGAAGCUCGCUAAGAAGUUCUUGAGGAAUCCGGUUGAGGUCACGGUUAGUAAAAGCCAAGAUUUGAUCUCUCAGAAGGUGAUGAUGGUGAGAGAAUCAGAAAAGUUUUGGAAUUUGAAGAAACUGAUCGGUGAGCUCGGCGGUGAUGAGACAGCGAUGGUGUUUGUGAGCACGCAGAAGAAGGUUGAAUCCAUUGUCAAGAAUCUUGAGAAGCUGGGGACGUGCCGCGUGGCGACGUUGCACGGAGGGAAGUCGCAAGAACAGAGAGAUACCAGCUUGGGAGGGUUCAAGAGCAAGAGGUUCAACGUUCUCGUCGCGACGGAUAUUGCGUCACGUGGGAUUGAUGCAGAGGUUGCACACGUGAUCAACUACGAUAUGGCUAAGGACAUAGAGACGUAUACGCAUCGGAUUGGACGAACGGGACGUGCGGGGAAGACGGGUGUUGCGACGACGUUCCUGACUCUUGAGGAUAAGAAUGUGUUUUACGAUCUGAAACGGAAGCUCGUCGAAUGUAACUCUCCGGUCCCGCCUCAACUUGCGAGACACGAAGCCUCUAAGGUUAAACCAGGAACCUUCAAGUCACAGUGGUAA